AUGGUGGCCGAGUUCACAGAAACGCAUGAUUUGGUCCGGGUCUCCGGCCGUGGAGCGUUGGUCAAUUUUGAAGUUGACGACCACGCGCCGCUCAAUGACGCCUGCCGCGCACUCCGCGAGCACCUGGGCCGGAACCGUCACCUUUAUGCCAGCGGUGAAGUUAUCGCCAAUAUCGGUGCCCGCCUCCUCAGCGAAUCCGAUCAGGAUCGUAUCCGGAAAGUCAUCGAGUCCGAAUCGGGACUGCACGUUAAACAAUUCUGGUGCCGGCCUGAAAUCCUGGAGCGGGAGAGCCUGCGCAUCGCCCGGUUGAUGGAAGAGCAGGCAGUUGUCGUGGGCCUGCCUUUGCCCGGCGAGGAACCCGCCGUGCCACUGGCCGACGAAACCGAGGAGGACGAUACGGUUGACGAUGGUCCCUCUCCUUCGGUCGCUCCAGAAACGUGCCAACCUGAACCUGCUCGCACCGCCCUCGAAGAACCCUAUCGAGUUCCUGUCGAUAUCGAACGCGGAAAUCUGCGCGCUGGUGAAACCCGAAUUUUCCCGGGCCACGCCGUCAUUUUGGGCAACGUGAACCCGGGGGCGCAGGUGAUCGCUGACGGCGACGUCAUGGUGUUUGGCGGAUUGCGCGGUAUGGUCCACGCCGGCGCCAGCGGCGACAACACUGCCACCAUCCUCGCCAUGUCUAUCGCCUAUCCCGUGCUCCGUAUCGCGGAUUAUUCGUGGCACCGCGACGGUCCUGCCAACGCGUUCGGACGCCAGAGCAAUGAUGGGAACGGCCCUACAUUGGCCCAGGGUGUCAAACGGCGCCAUCCAGGUAGCCCCUUACUUGAAACCCAACUCCAUCAACCAGGGAGGCAAUCCCAAUGA